CCCUCACCAUCAUCACUUACGUGCCUUAUCAUCAUCAUCAUCAUCAUCAUCAUCAUCAUCAUCAUCAUCAUCAUCAUCGUCAUUAUCAUCAUCAUCGUCAUCGUCACUAUUACAAUGGAUUUCAACAGCACUGAGUCCUGGCUUUUAAUCAAUACUUCAUUUCCCAUCAUGCCUGUAAUAGGCAGUCCAAGUAACAGAAGUGGGAUUGAAGCAUAUCUUCAAAGACUGGCUCAUUUAGACGAGGGGCUCUACAAUGACUUUUACGGUCUUUGGAUUGCACUAAUGGUCAUAAACUCUCUCAUAUUCUUGGUGGGCAUGGUGCUCAACACAGUUGCACUUUAUGUUUUCUGUUUCCGCACAAAGCAAAAGACCACCUCGGUGAUUUACACAAUAAACUUGGCGGUGACAGACCUCUUGGUGAAUCUCUCUCUGCCGACUCGCAUCUUGCUCUAUUACAGUGGAGGAGCUUGUCUCACCUGCUCCUACCUUCACAUCUUCAGCUACUUUGUCAACAUGUACUGCAGCAUCUUGUUUCUGACCUGCAUAUGUGUGGACCGAUACCUCGCCAUCGUGCAGGUUGAAGCUUCCCGUCGUUGGAGGAACUCCAAUGUGGCCAAAUGUGUGUGUGUCUCUGUCUGGCUGUGUGCCAUCGUGGUCACGUACUCCUUCCUUUCUACUGCUUUCCAACACCCAGGCUGCUGCCUGUCAAAGCUCCUCUUUCUUACCAUCACUGAGUUCUUUCUACCCCUCAUCAUCAUCAUGGUCUUCACUUUGCGGAUUAUGUGGGCACUCGCCGACCGCCGCCUGAUGCAGCAGAGCAGGGACAGGAGAAGGAGGGCUGUCCAGCUCCUGACCACAGUGCUGAUCAUUUUCACUGUCUGCUUCACACCCUUCCACAUCAGACAGGUGGUGGUUUACUUCCACCCUGACAUGCCUCAUCAUGUGAUAGCAUACCACUUGACUGUCACUCUCAGCAGUUUGAAUAGCUGUAUGGAUCCUGUCGUCUACUGCUUUGUUACGAAUAACUUCCAAGCCACCAUGAGAAACAUGUUUCGCCGCGCAGAGCCCGAGCAGACAAGUGGCGACAUCAUCAGCAUGCAGCACAGCUCCAAGGCCUCAGGGCGGACAGUGAACGCCAUCACUGGUAAUAUGAUUAUGAUGACCAAGAUCCCCAAUUCACUGCAAAGAGACAUUCUGGGGAAGAACCACUCAACGUAGAUCCCCAUUUCCAUGGGCUAAAGAGAAACUUUGAGUCACUCAGAUGUUACAUCGCCUGGGGAAAGGUGUCUGAUAUUUCUGGACUCUUUAACAUGCUGAUCACUGAUAACAGCAUCAGUGUAUAAUGGCCCUGCUCAGGAUCAACAGCCAAUACUGUUGUAAAUAAUAAUAAUAAUAAUAAUAAUAAUAAUAAUAAUAAUAAGGACCAACCAAUUUAGCUGAUUUAGCAACCUAAAAACUUGUAUUAACUACUUAACUUAUUUCCAACAUUGACAAGAGACAAAUGUAGUCUGCAACUUAACAUUAUCAUUGUGCAAAAAAACUUUACAUAACUUUGGAAUUUGAAUCUGUGACUUUUCAACUCCUUCUCUGCUAGACCAUGUUGCUGCCAAAUUCAAACAACACAAGAGAACACAACGCUGACUCAACAUGAAUUAUUACUUGCAACAUACAACUGACAAAAUACCAAG